CGAGUGAAAAUGUAUUUCAAUCAAUGAACUGUGACCCUAAAUGUAACACAAAUACAACAAGCAGUCACAGUCGCUCUAAAAACAUGUACACCCCCACCCCCAAAAAAAUCGUCAGGUUGAGUGUGAAUUGCAAGUGUGAAUUUUUGAUUUGGGCUGGCGUACAGAAAAGGAAACUCUAAAGGCCUUAAAUAUGUCAACCUGACAACAGUUUUACAAAUCAUUAAGCUCGUUAAGUAAAUUAGCAAGUCAUAAUGUUAUCAUUAACAAAGUCAUCGGCCUUGUUGAAGUAACCUACAGUGGGAGCGAUUUCAUUCAUCCAAUUUUUUGUGCAGUUUUUAAACACGUUUUGAUUACAUUAAUAACCUUUAACUCCAAAUGGUUGCCAAAAAUAAAAAUAAAUAACGAAAAAAAAAAUAAAACGGGUGUGUGAUUUUAAGUUAUUGCAGUAUACAGUAAAGGCACGAGGCUUGCAGUGUCGGGCUUUAAUAAUAUACAAGCAAUGCUAAACAACUAGCCGGUGUUAGCAUUUUAGCUAGCCAGCCUUUCUGUCAGCACUACAAGCAACUUGAGAACACCAGAAAAGUAUAUUUAGACAAGUAUAUUUAGAAAAGGAAGCAUAUAUUGGAGGAGGUUUUGGAGCUCCUCCUCCUCCUCUCAUAUCUGAAUGGACAAAAGCUUUGCCCCUUUGGGUGUCAGGCCUAUAAUGUGGACAUUAGCAGUGCAACAACCUUCACCAUGCGGUUUCUGCCCCAUUGUAGCUCCACAGAUCAGUGGAGCACACACUACUAUGUGCUAUGUUUGUUCCUCCUCAUCAAUUGCUUUGGACCAGCUUCUCCCCUUUAUGCCCCUCCCGUGCCAACAGGUCUCCUCUCUGCUUUCUCUGCCACGCAAACCAGUAGCGUGGUGGGAGGCAAGCAGAAGGCAGUGACCUUCAACAGGCUCGUGGUCAACACUGGAGGGGAUUUCAAUCCAGACACCGGCCACUUCCGCUGCCGCAUCCCCGGGGCUUACUAUUUCUCCUUCUCUGUGGGAAAAUUUCCCAAAAAAAUGCUCUCUGUCAUCCUGGUGAAGAACGGAGAGGAGGUGCAGGCUAUAGCUUAUGACGACUUCCGCAAGAAAGGGAGAAAAGUUCAGAGCCAAAGUCUCAUGAUCGGUCUGAAGAAAAUGGACAUAGUGUGGUUGCGCUUGCAGCCUAGCCCCCAGUAUGCUUUGUACAGCAAUGCUGGGCCUUACAUCACCUUCUCAGGUUACCUCGUCUAUCCUGAUGCCAUGGCAACCAGCUACAUCAGCAACCACUUGUCUACACCUGCUCUACCCUACCCAAACUGUCCACCUCAGGUCAGAGGCCAGAGAGAGCAGCCACGGUCUGCCUUCUCAGUAGCACGGACAUCAACCCUCAUGGGUCAGAGCAGCUGGACACAAGAAAAGCCACCAAUCACCUUUGAUGUAGAAUACGUCAACAUAGGGGGCCAUUUCAACAAAACCUCUGGCCGCUUCACCUGCCACUUCCCAGGGGUGUACUUCUUCGCUUUCACUGUGGGGAAACACCCUCGUAGGGCUGUUUCAGUGAAGCUGAUGACCGGGAAAGGCGAGGUGCAGGCGAUGGUGUUUGAUGAUGACACAUCUAAGAGACGGGAAAUGCAGAGUCAGAGUUUGUUGCUGUCUCUUAGCAGGGGCGACAGGGUGUGGCUGUACAGUCAACAGGAUGAGCGCUUUGCUGUUUACAGCAACCAGGGCAGGUACACCACGUUCUCAGGCUUCCUGGUUUAUCCAGAUACAGAAACACCUGCCACCAGCCAGGAGGACAGAGGUCACCUAUAAAUGUCUUAAGGUUGUAGCUGGUUUUUGUUCCCAGCCUGCAGCUUAUCUCCACGUCAAUGAGUCAGGUAGAAUUUUUAAUCUGUGGUCAGCAUAGCUUAACAGAGUUCUCUCUCUCUUUCUUUUUGUAACAUUUUGUUUGUUUUUAUUAAACAAUGUUAUUCCAAAAGGUAACAUUUGUUGCCACCAGAUGGUGCUAUGAUACAGCUAAGUGCAAUUUUCUCUCAGAAAAUCUGUGAUACAGUUUGGGUUUCGGUGCACAGAUACAACUAUCUGAGAAUUUUUAGUUUAAAAAAGUGAACGUUGCAUGACAAAAAACCCCUUUGUAAAUGAUGUAAAGUUUAUUCAAAUUUAUGUACUACAAAAAUUAGACUUAGAGUUGCACCAUGUUAAAGUUAUUUAACUUUUAUUUGUAGAAAGAUCUGAUUAAAUGAUUUGUGUGCAUUUUGGGAAAAUGAUAAAUAAAUUUCCUUAAAUGAGAUUUACAAAUGUUCUUUUCUUCUUCUAAAUCAAACAAAUGCUGGUUUGUGGAUGAAAAUGAACCUAACGGGUAGACACUGUAAUUAAGGAUUUUUAUAACAGAUUAUAACACAGGACUCAACAUCUGAUAAAUCUCUUUCCAAACAUGAAUCCUUAGAUGUUGCCAUUUCUACUUUAGCUUUUAAAGCUUCUGAUUCACAGUACCAUUACCACCAGGAAGAGAAAAGGAGCCAAACAUUCGUCUUAAAUAAUCUUUAUUGGCUAUUAGAAAAUUGGUUAAAACAUGCAAAAAAAAAAAAAAAUCCCUCAGUCACGGCCCUCUAAUUGAGACGCCUUUGUUUGGGCAGAUGGCUACCUACAGGCAUAAAUAAGGAAUAAAAAGUCAAUGCUUCUGGAAGAUGUAAAAAUGAAAGAUUAUACAAAUAUGAUCAAGCAAAAAAGGUGACAAUGUUUUUUUUUUGGUUUUGCUUACUCUUUAUUGAAUAACUGCAUCCCAGAUGUUGUGACUAACUAUUAUGAAAACUAUUUCCAGGUAAACCUUUUUUUUCUUGAAAACAUUUAUUCAGGCAGAUCGUAGGAUUCACCCAUUAUCACACUUAAUCUAAGCCUUCCGCUUCUUAGGAGCACCACCUUGGCUUUCCAGUGUUUGUACUUGUUUGACUAAUCACUGUUUUGCAUGAUAUACACAGUUAAAAACAAAAAAGGUUGGCCACAUCCCAAUAUUUGAACAGGAGCCUCUUUGUGCUGUGCAUGGUUAAAAAUAAUA